AUGUUCAUCAAUCAAGAUGAUCAACAUUCAUCUGCAUCUCGCGAACUUUUGAUCCUCUACGCUACGGAAACAGGUACAGCUCAAGAGACUGCUGAUCGCAUUGCGAGGGAAUGUCGAAGAGUCCAUUUUCACUGUCGUGUGCAGAGCAUGGAUGUGUAUCCACCAGAAACAUUGAUUUCAGAACACUUGGUCAUCUUCGUGGUUUCGACCACUGGUUGGGGCGCUGAACCCAGAGCCAUGACUUCAUUAUGGAACAUGUUGCUGAGGUCUGAUCUCCCAGAUGACCUAUUCGAGGACACGGAUUUCUGCGUGUUCGGCCUUGGAGACACGGCCUAUGAGAAAUUCUGUUGGCCGGCAAAGAAGCUAUCGAGAAGGAUGCAGAGUUUGGGAGGCUAUGAGAUUUGUUCACGAGGAGAGGGAGAUGAACAGCAUCGCCUAGGGGUAGAUGGCGCAUUGGAUCCUUGGAUCGAGUGUCUCCUAGAAGUCCUCAUACAGCUCUACCCAUUACCGCACGAGCAACAUAACAUUCCGGCUGGUCGACCACCACCUCGCGUAUCCUUUAGCAAUUUGGGAUCUGACACCUUUCCGAAUCCAGAUCCUCUAGACGAGGACAAGAAGUUUCAUACAGCUUCUGUGAAGUGCAACAGACGGAUCACUGCGGAAGAUUGGUUUCAGGACGUACGCCAUUUUGAGUUCUCCUUCGAAGACGAUAUAAAAUGUUACUGUAAUUCUGAUCCAUCCGCAGCUGCAUCAGAAGUCAAUUCUUUCCUUGCCACCAUGGGCUGGACAAAUGUUGCCGACAAGUUUUUCAGACUCGAAUGCGAAAAAUUUGAUGAAUUUGUAUCAAUAGAUGGAGCGGACGAAUUGUAUGAUUAUUGUCAACGCGUGAAACGCGCGACCUGGGAAGUAUUGUCCGAGUUCCGGUCUGUAAGGAUACCGAGAGAGUAUGUCUUUGACCUCUUUCCUCUGCUAAGGCCAAGAGAAUUCUCCAUCGCUAGUUCCAUCGAGGUGAGCUCAUGUCGAAAUGCAUCCAUCUCUGUUGCUAUAGUGCGCUAUCGCACAAAGUUGAAAAUUCAUCGGAAAGGCGUCUGUACUAGUUAUCUAUCAGGGCUUAAAUCAGGAGAUACCCUUCGUAUCGGUCUCAGAAAGGGCUUCAUUUCCCUUCCUACGGGUCACCAGUGGUAUACUACCUUAUACUUUGGUUGUCGUUCUGCACACAAGGAUCAGCAUUAUCACUCGGAAUGGGAAUUUCAUGCGGAAAAACGCAACCUCCGCUACCACGAUGUUAAACGGACGUAUAUGCAAGAUCUGAUGAAGGACGCACAGUAUAUUUGGACAAUGCUGGGUUCCUCGAACAAAAUGCCUACUGCUGUCCGUGAAGUUGUGCGAGGUGCAGCGGAGAUGUUUGGAGGAAGGUCGAAUGCCGAGGCUGUGGAGUAUGUUGCUGCGAUGGAGAGGGAGGAAAGGUUGACUGAGGAAUGUUGGAACUGA